CUACCUUCUAGUAUCUUCUCGGAUCUACGCAAGCGCUCGGCAUCAAAGCGACUUACUAACUAUUAUUCCCUGAUUGACACGUCGGUACCACGGGAAGUAUUGAAUUAUACAAAGUUCAGAUCAUCCUACACGCGUACAUACACGUACAUGUGCCGAGAGCCGAGAUGACAAUACCUGUUGACAUCAGCGGCCAUAUAAGCAGCAGCAGUUUUUUCCUAUAACAUGCAGUUUGUUCGUUUGCUUCUUAUUCGUCGAUUGUUUAUUACCUUGCGAUAUGCCUGCUACGAUUACCGUUCCUGAAGGAUGGGCUUGGGUCGGCGCAGCUCUGCUAUCUACCCAAUUUUUGCUUCUGGGUCAGACAACCAUUGUAGGAAGACGUCGUAGAGCUGCUGGCAUCCAGUAUCCCCAGCUGUACGCUGAGAAGGCUCAAGAGGAGGCUUCAAAAGAGGCGAAAAUAUUCAACUGUGCCCAGCGUGCUCAUCAAAACACGCUAGAGAACAUUCCUGUGAUUUACACAAGUACGCUCUUGACCGCUGUGUAUUACCCGACUAUUGCCGCUGCUGCCUGCGGUACUUGGGUGCUUGGCCGUAUUCUGUAUACUCGGGGUUAUAUCACUGGGGACCCUGCGAACCGCAAUGCCAAGGGAGGGUUUAUUGGAUCCAUCGCACAAUUGGCUCUCUUGAUUGGGUCUGUGACGGGUGUCUACAAGAUGAUCCAGGCUUCACUCUAAGAUAGGAAUGAGGGAGAUGUAUAUAAUCAGUAGUCUGCAUAUAAUGUGCUGCGCUGCAAUGGAAAAUGCAUUCGAAGUUGCGAAGUUCAUGUAUCCUGAAAGGUCGGAAAAUACUUCGCGGGUGCUUG